CUUAUCGCCAAUUUUGGAGAAUCGUAUCUAAAAAAACAUAAAAGGGAACGCAAAGAGUAUGCUUGCAGCUCUAGGAUGCGUGAACUUUCGCGUCUACUAAUUGCGUAUCGGGAAAUUGUUAACGAUUCUAAAUGCUGUUUAAAAGAUAUUUUAAAACCAAAAAAUUUCGAUCAUUUUUUGGCAGCUACGAGAAAAAUUACUGGGUAUAACCCAACAAAUAAAUUAUUCAAAGCUCCAAGCCUUGCCAUGCAUUUAGGAACAUAUUUAAAAGACAUAUGUGACGAAUGUACUCAUCUCGUAUUAAAGGAAAGCCCUGGAUUUACUUGCCAAUCAGAAAGCGAAACCGAACUGUUAUUACAAGAAAUUAAAAAAUUUAAAAAGCUACUAAUAUCAAGAUGGAACACUGAAAUUUCGAGUUUGGCAAAUAAAGAUUUGCAAGAAAAAAAAUGGAAUAAACCGCUUCUUGUGCCGCUAGUCAAUGAUAUAAAGAUAUUUAGAGAAGAAGUACUGAAAAUGGCAGAAGAUUGCGUUAAAAAGUUUGUAAAUCAUAUCGAUGACAUACAUACGUAUAAACUAUUAGUUCAAUGUUCCCUGUCACUUUUAAUACUUUUUAAUCGCAGACGUAUUGGUGAUGUACAGUAUCUGAAAAUACAAGAUUAUAUGAGACAAAAUAAAUCUAGUAUGAAAGAUUUUGAAUCUGCCCUAACAGAAUCAGAAAAGGCUUUGACAGCUAAGUAUAGACGAAUAGUAAAUAGUGGCAAAGGUUCAAGGCAAGUUGUAAUAUUAUUGCCGGAAACAUUAGAAAAAUAUAUUAACGUAUUAUUAGAACACCGUAAAAAAUACAUGUUGGAGAAAAAUGAGUAUGUUUUUGCGAUACCACAGAGCAAAAUUAAGUGGGGUCAGGGGGACGUUGCAAUAAGAUACCUUUGUAGCAAAAUUAAAUUAGAGUAUCCCGAAGCAAUUUCUAGUAACAAAUUAAGAAAACACAUUGCCACGGUCACACAAAUAUUAAAUCUGUCAAAAGAAGAUAUUGCUCAGUUUUCCAAAUUUAUGGGUCACACGGAAAAAACGCAUGCCGAUUUCUAUGAACUGCCAGUGGACAUAUACCAAACUGCCAAAGUUUCAAAGUUGCUACUUAUGAUGGAAAAAGGAUCCUUACCUACAGAAUUUAAGGGAAAAACAUUAUCUCAGAUCGAAUUUGACGAAAAUACAGAAUACGCUGAAGAAAAUGUUGAAGAACGUGCCAUGCCAAGAAAAGAAAGUAUUGGUUCUACAUCCGCUGCUACGGAUUUUAUUGAUGAGGGAGAGAAAUCAAAAAAAGACAUUGCUUCCACGUCCACUGCUUCGGACUUCAUUGACGAGGGAGCGACACCAAAAAAAGAUCUAGCUCCCAGAUCUAUUAAUUUACAUCAUAAUCGAACUUGCAGUGUUCAAGAUUUGGACUCUGAUACAGAUGAGCAAGAACCAAAAAAACAAAAAAUACAAAAAAAGAGUUGGACCGCACAUGAAAUAAAUCAGGUAUCAAAAACGUUCGGAAAUUUUAUUAAAAAGAAAAUCUAUCCACCCCAACAACAAAUCUUAGAUUUCAUUAAGAAGAUGGGUAGUAAAAGAUCUCCAGCGCAAGUGAAAUCCAAAUUGCAACAUUUAAUAAAAACAACUACUUAAAAACUAUCUUGUUUUUGGUUAAGUUUUAUAAUCACUGCACUUAUAUAAUAUAUAGUAUGUCCAAAAGAUCGUGUUAAGCAUGGGGAUCUCGGAAACGGUAAAAGAUACAGAUUCGGUUAAAUGGGAGAAAAUGUUUAGCACAAAAAUAUUGGUUAACCGGUACAUUAACAGUUUAAAAAAUUUUAUUCGUUUGGGCCCCAUAGCGGAAAAACUAAUAUUUUCCGUUUUCAUCUUUUCCCUGUAACUUUUUUAUUUGAAGAGAUACCUUCAAAAUUAUCUCAACCAUGGUAUCGUUAGAAAGGAAAUUGAGAGCACUUUCGAUUGAUGCCAUAGCCGCCUAUUAUUUACAUUUAAAAAAAUAUAAGUUUGGGUUAUAACACCGAAACUUGGAAAGGUAUUGAAAAUCUAAUAAAUUAUUAUUAAUCUGCGUAAAAAAGUGCCUUAAUAAUGCCAAAGAAUUUUGAAGGUAUCUCUUCAAAUAAAAAAGUUACAGGGAAAAGAUGAAAACGGAAAAUAUUAGUUUUUCCGCUAGGGGGCCCAAACGAAUAAAAUUUUUUAAACUGUUAAUGUACCGGUUAACCAAUAUUUUUGUGCUAAACAUUUUCUCCUAUUUAACCGAAUCUGUAUCUUUUACCGUUUCCGAGAUCCCCAUGCUUAACACGAUCUUUUGAACACACUGUAUAUACAAUAAUAGACGUAGGUACAUG